AUGUGCGUAGAUUGUCGAGCAGUGAACAACAUCACCAUCAAGGACCGCCAUCCGAUCCCACGCCUGGACGAUAUGCUUGAUGAACUAAGCGGUUCCACCAUCUUCUCCAAGAUAGACCUUAAAAGUGGCUAUCAUCAAGUGAGGAUGAAAGAGGGGGAUGAGUGGAAAAUCGCGUUCAAAACCAAGCAAGGCUUAAAGUGGAUAACGACAAUAUCAAGGCCAUCGAAGAGUGGCCAAUUCCGACCAACAUCAGUCAAGUUUGAAGCUUCCACGGCCUGGCCAGUUUCUAUAGGCGGCAUCGGUGCAGUUCUGACGCAAGGAGGCAAGCCUAUUGCGUAUUUCAGUGAGAAGCUCAGCGGACCGACGCUCAACUACCCGACAACCGACAAGGAGCAGUACGCCUUAGUUCGCACCAUGGAGACUUGGCAACACUAUCUUUUGGCCAAGGAGUGCUAUAAGAAGGGAAGAGAAAAUAUGGUCGCCGACACCCUUUCCCGACGCCACACGCUGAUCACCACCAUGGACGCGCAAAUCCUCGGGUUUGAAAGCAUCAAGGACGUUUACGCCACCGAUCCUGAAUAUGCGGAGUGUUAUCGAGAGCACAGCAAAGGCAACUACACCAAGUUCUAUGUACAUGAUGGUUUUCUGUUCAAGGGAAGGCGGCUAUGCAUCCCAAGCAGGUGGGCUUACGAGUCACUUUGGCGUGGCCAAGACAAUAGCUGUUCUAAAGGAGAAUUUCUAUUGGCCUAA